AUGUCGACCAACGGAGCAGUUUUCAGGGUCUCGAACCCAUGGAGAGACAGAAUUCUCAAGGGCGAGGUUUGCUCAGUCAUGUCCUGCAAGUUCUUCGUCAGCAACGAGGUCGCAAUGAUGGUCAAGAUGGCUGGAAUUGAUGGCAUGUUUAUCGAUAUGGAGCACUCCGUCUUGACAAUCCGAGACGUAUCACAACUCAUUCUCGCAUGCAACUACGUCGGAGUCAGCCCCAUUGUUCGCAUUCCAUCCAAGUCACAUUGGCAACUCAGCCGAAUUCUGGAUGCUGGUGCAGCUGCUGUCGUCAUUCCUCACUGCGAAACCGUCCAACAUGUCAAGGACAUUGUCCGUGAUUCCAAAUAUGCCCCUCUCGGUAUUCGCGGAUGUGCCAACAACCAACCUAUUCUCAACUUCCAGACAGUACCUACAUUGGUGCAGAACGAUCUACUCAACCGUGAGACCAUGGUGAUCCCUAUGAUCGAGACUCCCGGCGCGGUUGAGCUUGCAGACGAAUUCUUCGCCAUUGAUGGCGUGGAUGGUAUCCUGGUCGGCUCCAACGAUCUCUGCACAGAUCUCGGUAUUCCGGGACAAUACGACAACCCGCUUUACCUGAAUGCAGUGGAGAAGAUUAUCGCUGCUGGUGUCAAGGCUGGUAAGCCUAUCGGAAUUGGAGGAAUUGGUGGCCGCCUCGACUUGCUAGAACGUUUCUUCAAGCUCGGUGCAACUUGGUCACUCAGCGGUGGUGACGGAUCAAUCCUGCAAGCUGGCAUGAACAAGAUUGGCAAGGCUUAUGCAGAGAUUGACGGAAGAGUGCAAGAAUCUCGCACGAAUGGAACAAAAUAG